CGUAAUCACAAGACUGGGGGAGGGAGCACAGCUGAUAACGGCUGAAGUAGAAGAACCAAAAACAAAACUGUUAGUACAAGUUCUCAGUGUGUUGUCCAAUGGUAUUGUUGAAAGUUACACACUGGAUAACGAAAUAAGACCUAACCAUUUAAUCAAUGAUACGUGUGAUACCAUACAACUGAUCGAUCUUUCACAUAGAACAGACUUAGGCUUGGAUGGGAUACAUUUGACUGCUCAGACAAAACCUCUGUAAAAUAUAAAACAAGAUAAUCUUAUGGUUUAACGGAAAAUGGCGGAACUUAAAGGAUAUAAAGUAAAAGAACCAGGAUUAGCUGAACAAAACGGCAACGGUGUGCUAAAAGAAAAGACAAACUCAGAAAACAAAAUCACAAACGAUGGGAAGAAAGCUAAAAAAGAAAAGACUCCGAUGGUUGGAGUAUUUGAAUUGUUUAGGUUCUCGGAUAACAUAGAUAGACUGAUGAUGUUGGUGGGUACAUUUUGUGCUGCCGCUGCAGGCGUUGCUCUCCCCGGCAUGAUUAUCAUCUUCGGAUCUAUGGUUGACUUGUUUGUGAGUUCUGGUAGUAUUAUCAAACUUAUGGAGAAGCUGGAAGACUAUAUGAGCACUGUCAAUUUGACACAAGCGCAAGUGUUGCAAAAUAGCUCCUUGUUGUUUUCCAGGUGUGGGGACAUUGCUACAUUCUAUUCACAAAAAAACAAAACUGAAUCAUGUGACAUGUUGAAUGAGCCAAUCUUAGAUAAAAUGACAGAUUUUGCAAUCGAUUUUUGUGCUAUUGGAGCUGGAUUUUUCGCUGCCGCUUUUUUGCAAGUGUCACUUUGGAUGGCAGCAGCUGAAAGACAGGCUCAUCGUAUACGCAAGAAGUUUCUAGAGAAUAUUUUAUACCAAGAUAUUGGUUGGUUUGAUACACACGAGACCUCAGAACUCAACACAAGACUUGCUGACGACAUCACAAAAAUUCAAGAAGGAAUUGGUGACAAAAUGGGUUCCUUUGUACAGUGGUUCUCAUGCUUUAUAGCUGGCUUUGUGAUUGGGUUUGUCAACGGUUGGAAAUUGACUUUGGUGAUACUAUCUGUUAGUCCUUUUCUUAUUGGAGCAGCAGGACUGAUGAGUAAGUUGGCGGCAUCAAUGACAUCGAAAGAAUUAGAAGCUUAUGCCAAGGCUGGCGCAGUUGCUGAAGAAGUGUUUGGAGCGAUCAGAACUGUGGUGGCUUUUGGAGGCCAGGACAAAGAAUCUAAGCGGUAUGCUUCAAAUCUUACCGAAGCUCAGAAUUAUGGAGUCAAAAAAGGUUUUACCAACGGAGCUUCCAUGGGCUUUAUUUGGUUUGUUAUAUUUUGCUGCUAUGGCCUGGGGUUUUGGUAUGGAGGAACACUUGUCAGAGAGGAAAAAGAUGUGUAUACAGUAGGAAAAAUGCUUGUAGUGUUUUUUGCAGUGCUUAUUGGUGCCUUUUCAAUGGGCAACGCUGGGCCCAGCUUACAAGCUAUGUCCAUUGCACGGGGUGCUGCUUAUAGUGUAUUUCAGUUGAUUGACUUGAAAUCAGCCAUUGACAGUAGUUCAAAAGCUGGAGAAACACCAAGCUCUUUAGGCGGGACAAUCACCUUCCAGAACGUUCAUUUCAGCUACCCAUCCCGCCCUUCAGUGAAGGUACUGAACGGUCUCAAUUUGACUGUCCAGCCUGGUCAAACGAUUGCUUUAGUUGGUGCUAGUGGUUGUGGAAAAAGUACAACAGUUCAACUGCUGCUGAGAUUUUACGAUCCUCUACACGGCCAGAUACUAUUAGACAACAGAAACAUCAAAGAUUACAACAUUAAAUGGUUGCGGAGUAACAUUGGUCUUGUUAGCCAGGAGCCAGUUUUGUUUGCCACAAGCAUCGAAGAAAACAUUCGCUACGGCAAAGAAGGAGUGUCAGAGAAGGAUAUAGAGACAGCUGCUAAAAAUGCCAACGCUUAUGAUUUUAUAGACAAACUUCCCCAGAAAUUCAAAACUCUAGUAGGAGAGAGAGGAGCACAACUGAGUGGUGGCCAGAAACAAAGAAUCGCUAUAGCCCGAGCCUUGGUUCGAAACCCCAAGAUACUGUUACUUGAUGAGGCGACUUCAGCGCUGGAUACUGAAAGUGAGUCAGUUGUCCAGGAUGCAUUAGACAAGGCACGCAUGGGAAGGACAACUAUCGUCAUAGCUCAUCGUCUCUCUACCAUAAAGAAUGCAGACAUUAUUGUUGGUUUUAAGGAUGGCGUGGCUGUUGAAGGAGGUACUCACGAUCAGCUGAUGGAGUACAAAGGAAUAUAUUAUCAGCUCGUCACAAAUCAGUCUCAUUCUAAAGAAGAAGAGGAUGAAGAAAGUGUAGAUGAAAAAUCCAAUGAAAAAUUGACAAGUCAAGGUGCUUAUAAAGAUUUGAAACAACAGAAGUCCAUUGUGGAAGAAAAGAAAGAGGAGAAAGAGAAGUUACCCGAUGCUCCUUUCUCGAGACUGAUAAAAAUGAAUGCACCUGAAUGGCAUUUUAUAUUGUUGGGAUGUUUUAGUAGCAUUUUUAACGGAGGUGUGCAGCCAGCCUUUUCUGUUAUCUUCAGUAGAAUACUUGGCGUUUUUGCUGAAAGUGAGGAUGAACAAGAAUAUUGGAUUCGAAUAUACAGUUUAAUUUUAGUAGGACUAGGAGUUAUUAGCUUGAUCACAUUUUUUUUACAAGGUUACAUGUUUGGUCGAUCUGGUGAAGCUUUGACAAGAAGACUGAGAGAAAUGACUUUUAAAGCUAUGCUUAAACAAGACAUCGGCUGGUUUGAUGAUCACAAGAAUAGUGUUGGUGCUCUAACCACAAGACUUGCGACAGAUGCGUCUCUCGUUCAGGGAGUGACAGGAGUCAGACUCGCUACUUUCUUAAUGGGAUUCUCCAACAUGGGCGUGGCUAUCAUUAUAUCUUUUAUAUAUGGAUGGCAGCUGACUCUACUCAUCCUCGGCUUCAUGCCCUUCAUAGUUCUUGGAGGAAUGAUGGAGGUAAUGCUACUUGCAGGACAGGCCGGAAAAAAUAAAGAGGCUUUAGAAGAGUCUGGAAAAGUAGCUGUUGAGAGCAUAGAGAACAUUCGCACAGUGGCUUCUUUAUCUAAGGAAUGGGCAUUCUAUUUAUUAUACAAAGAAAAAUUAGGAAAGCCUCACAAGCAGGCAAUAAAGAAAGCUGUAUUAGUGGGCCUUACGUACGCCUUUUCCCAAGCUAUUAUUUAUUUCGUGUAUGCUGCAGCCUUUGUACUAGGAGCUUAUUUAAUUAGGGAGAAAGAAAUGAAAUUUGAUGAAGUUUUUCUCGUUUUCGGUGCCAUCGUUUUUGGUGCUAUGGGUUUAGGAAAUGCCAUGGCCUUUGCACCUGAUGCUGGAAAAGCAAAAACGUCUGCCCAGCAUAUUCUCCAUUUGUUAGACUCAAAGCCAAGCUUAGACUAUUCAUCACCAGAUGGGUUGAAACUUAAGGAUUCAUGUGAGGCAGAAAUCAAAUUUGAGGAAGUCACCUUCCGGUACCCUACCCGCCCAACAGUGCAAGUGGCUCAAGGACUUACAUUCUCAGUCCGACCUGGAGAGACUUUGGCUCUAGUUGGCAGCAGUGGCUGUGGAAAGAGUACGUCUGUACAGCUCAUCGAACGUUUUUACGAUGUGGAAAGUGGAUCUGUGACAUUUGCAAACACGGAUGUAAGACAGAUUAACUUACAAUGGCUACGGUCUCAAAUAGGAAUUGUGUCUCAAGAGCCUGUCUUGUUUGACAGGAGCAUAGCAGAGAAUAUUGCCUAUGGGGAUAACUCUCGCGUGGUGACAAUGCAAGAAAUUAUGGAAGCUGCUCGAGGAGCGAACAUCCAUGAGUUUAUUUCCAGUUUACCUGAUGGAUACGAAACGAAUGUUGGAGCCAAGGGAACUCAGCUCAGUGGUGGACAAAAACAGAGAGUGGCCAUAGCAAGAGCCUUGGUCCGUAACCCUAAAAUUUUACUACUGGAUGAGGCAACAUCAGCACUGGACACUGAAAGUGAAAAGAUAGUCCAAGAAGCCCUGGACAAAGCCAGACAAGGAAGAACGUCCAUUGUCAUUGCCCAUCGUCUGUCCACCAUUAAGAAUUCAGACAAAAUUUGCGUAGUGAGUCAUGGGAAAGUUGCAGAGACUGGCACACACAAUGAGCUGAUGUCAAAACAAGGAUUGUAUUACAGACUUAUUAAAAAAUCAACACGGCAAUAAUGAUAUCUUUGCACAUUAGUUAAACCAUUUUAAUAAUGAUUGUUUGUAAAUUCUGAAAAAUCUCAAGAUAUAAUAUUUGUAUACUACACACUUUAUUUAUAUUUAUAAUGUUAUGAAAGAUAAUAUGCUUUGUUUUAAAAUUGUAAAAGUGCAUAUUUAGUUGUAUAAAUGUAAUGUCGUUUUGUAAAACCAAUUUUAGUAGGAGUUUAUGCUUGAUAUAUUAUGUGUAGCAGUUUACUUGUUACGCCUAAAGGUCUUCUCCCUUUAUAUUCAUUUCCUAAAUGUGUUUUUUUUAUAUGAUGCAAUGCUGUUUAUAUGAUGCAAUGCUGUGCAAGUGUUCUUACAGAUGUGCUGUAAAAACUAAGUGCCAAAUGAGAAUAAAAGACAGUGGAGAUUUAGACUGGAUUUAUUAUUGAGUUAGACUCUAUAGAGCGAUACGAAACGCAUAUAAUACAUCAGUAUUUGACUGUUAAUAUUUGUUUGUAUUUUUACUAAUAUUAAAACUGUUCGUGAUAUAUCAUUCACAACUGUCAUUGUAUAAAAAUCAACCAUAAUCACAAAUCUCUGCUUAUAUCUUUCAGAUGAAACCUAAUUAGUUCUAGAAAUGACGUACACUACAGCUUUAUUUUAUAUUUAUUUUUGUGAUAUAUGUUUCGACCAAUUUUUGCUCAAAUUCCAUGAAUAAAUGUUAAUUUAAAACAUUCUGAUGUAAUUAUUCUGUAUUAAAAAAUCUAUAUGUAACAAUGCAUUUAAAUGAUUGAUAACAAAAUAAAAACUUUUUUUGAA